AUGGCCAGCAACCGCGUCGACGAAGUUCAAAACACUUUGGAUUGCAAAGAACGACCCUCAACUGAGUACAAGGAUGCACCAAAUGCAGAGUUGUUCAUUGAUCCUAUCGAGGAAAGGAAUGUUGUGAAGAAGCUCGACCGCGUCAUUCUUCCAAUCAUGUCCGUUGUCUACUUCUUUCAAUACCUUGACAAGCAGAGUAUCAACUACGCUGCAGUCUUUGGGCUAUCCGAGGAUCUGAAGCUUACCGGCUCUCAGUUUUCCUGGUGUGUGUCUCUUUUUUACUUUGGACAGCUUUGUUCCGAGUAUCCUGCCGCGUACUUGAUGAGUCGCUUGCCGAUUAUUCGUUUUGUUGGCGUCACUAUCAUUCUUUGGGGCAUUGUCGAGAUGUGUCUGGGUGUUUCCCAGAACUUCGCUAGUCUCGGGGCAAUUCGCUUUCUGUUGGGUUUCACAGAAGGCGCAGUUUCACCUUCGUUUAUGAUCAUCACCAGCAACUGGUAUAAGCGAAACGAACACCCCGUUAGAAUCGCAACGUGGGUGUCUAUGUUUGGCGUCUCUCAGAUUGUCGGUGCUCUAUUGAUGUAUGGUAUCGGUAAUGGAGUCCACACAAUUGCAACUUGGAGGGUCCUGUUCUUGGUCUGUGGCGGCCUUACUAUCGCUGCAGGAGUUCUCUUCGUUUUCGCCAUGCCGCUCGACACCAAUAAAGCGUGGUUCCUCAACGAGCGAGAACGCUACAUUGCUACCAAGCGGCUCGCUCUCGAUCGAGCUACCCGCGAUCGAGCUCACUUCGACGUGGCUCAAGCAAAAGAGGCCUUGACGGACCCCCGAACUGCUCUAUAUGCUUUAAUGGCACUUUUCAUCACACUUCCCACACCCAUUGUCAAGUUCUCGUCCCUAGUGAUCAAUGGCUUCGGUUAUAGCAAGUUUGAGACCAUGCUUGUCGGCUUGCCCAGUGGAGCUAUUGCCUUUAUUUUGGUUUGGAUUGGCGGUCUAGGACCACGAUUCUUUCCUAACACGCGUUGCCUUUUUGGAGUGUUCCUUGCCAUGGUACCCAUGUUGGGUAGCUUGCUGCUUGUGGUCCUCCCGUCCCAUCUCAGCUGGGGCAUCGUUGCAAGCACUUGGCUCGCCGGUAGCACAGCACCACCUUUGGGCCAGGUUGUCGGUCUGAUGGCCUCCAACGUCAAAGGCAACACUAAAAAGUCCGUCGUGAGCGCCGUGUUUUUCAUCUUCUACUGCAUCGGAUGCAUUGUCGGUCCACAGCUUUGGCAGAAAGAAGAUGCACCGCGUUAUACGAAGGGCUGUAUCACUAGUGUUGUGAGCUUUGGAUGUCUCAUCAUUGCUCUCUUCGUCCAUUAUUUUACUUCCAAGAUUACCAACAAAAAGCGGGACAAGCUUGCUGCAGAGUCUGGUGAUGAUUACCUGGAAGGUGUAGAGACUGAUUCCGACUUAACAGAGCAAAAAGAUAAGGGUUUCAGAUAUACUCAUUAA